AUGCCCAACGAUGCCACAGAAGCUGCGCUAGGCUUGCUCGGGCUCACCGCUGCCUUCUCAAACUCCCUCCCGGCUCCGACCCCCUCCUCGUCCUCCCCCACCGUGCCCGCCAAACGCAAACAGUCCGCAUCAUCCUCCGCCAACGAUAACGCUUCCACUACCUCCGACACCAUCACCUGCAUCUGCGGCCUCUCCUACGACGACGGUUUUUCUAUCGCCUGCGACUCGUGCGGCCGCUGGUGCCAUGCCGCCUGCUUCCAGAUCGACGAGCAAAAGGUCCCCGACGAGUGGCUCUGUUGGGAAUGUGACCCCCGCCCGGUCGACAGAGAACGUGCCGCCAAAAUCCAGCGGGCCCGGCGCACCGCUACGGCCUCCGCCCACGCAAACAAGCGCAGAGCCUCCCCUGGCGUCGAGCGUAGGGCCCGCAAACCCAGCGGCGUUGUUGCCGAUGCUAGCCACGGCCACACCACCAAACGCAAGCGGCGCGCCUCCAUCACUGCUGCCGCUCAUGCUCAACACCCCCACCAAGGGGAGGACGAGCACGUUGACAUCGACGAGCCUUGGCAGCAGAGUUACGUACCCAUCACAAAGGACAUCGUGAAGUCGGACGACGCCCGUGACCGACUACGUAGGGUGGCUGCCGACUGGAGGGGUGUUACUGCGAUAAGUCCCUCUCCCUCUCUCACCCCCGGCGGUUCGACGCCCGUGCUGCUCACCCCCGACGGGGUCCCCCUUCACCCACCAAUCUCAUUGCAACCGCUCCCGAACACUUCCUCUUACCCCUCGUUAUUUGCGCCUGGUAAUGCAUCGGUACGUCCGCCGUCGUAUGCCAUCCACGCUACCCAGCCCAUACCCCAUUCAAAGUUCAUCGCUCCGUACCCCUCCACCGUCAUCUCUACGGCCGCCUACCUGUCCGACCCCCUCAAUGCGUACGCGCACCUUGGUAUGCCCAAGCCCUACGUGCAUCUCAUAGGGCCCCCACUGGACGUUGCACUCGACGCCCGUUUCACUGGCGACCAGAGCAGGUUCAUGCGCAGUGGAUGCCGUCCAAACGCCGUCAUUCGCCCAGUCCUCUGUCACUCCAAGAAACAGUCGCCAACCGAAGAAGAGUCCCUCUCGUUCGGAAUCUUCGCACUGCGCGACUUGAAACCGAAUGAGGAGAUCGUCCUUGGGUGGGAAUGGGACGACGGCAACGUCGUGCACCAUCUUCCUGCACUGAUUGACAGUCCGUUCUCUUUCCCUCCACAUGAGAUUCAGCACUUUCGCAGACAGAUGACCCUUAUGCUGCAUGCCCUCUCAUCAACAUUCACGACCUGCGCAUGCGGUGCCAAGGCGCGGGAUUGCGCCCUCGCGCGCAUGGCCGAGUUCGUCGAUAACCAGACGCCGCUCACACCGUCGCCAUCACCGCCUUCGCAAUUCACGAAGGAGAAGAAUGCCGCGCGCAGUAGCAAGACCGCGGAUGACGGCGCAAGCGCAACACCAGUUGACCUGGGCCCGUUGGUUGGCAUCGAGCGCGGGUUCCGAACGCGCGAGCGCAUACCGUCUUCGGGCGGCAUGGGCGGCGUGGAGAUGGUGGAGGCGGGCCCGUCGCGCGUGCACGCAGAGCCGUCGAGUGCGGGCGGGCGGAGAGUAUCGUUCCCGGACGACCUUCUCAGUCCGCCAGUGAAAGCGCGACGUGCGAAGGGCAGGGAUCGGAAAGGGAAGGCACGCGCUGACGACGAGGAAAUCACGGAGGAGAGCGACGGCGACCUGGGUCGGGCGAAAGCGCGCACGCGCAUUCGUCGGCGCGCCUCUCCUGAGCCUGAACAAGACGCGAUGGACGUCGAUGACGACGGGUCUCCACCGGAAGAUAUGCUCCCACCGAAAUUGCGCAAGACGUGGAUCCGCGAGAGCGCGGUGCGACUGGAGCAAAACCGGCGUCGCCUGUCACUGUCCAAAGACCAUUCGGAAGAGUGUGGGGACACGGGAGACCACAAACCAGGAGGAGCGGAUCAAUCCUUCGACUCACGAGAGAUGCCACCGCCGCCAGUGCCCCCCGCACGAACGCCACCGCUCUCAUCUGUCCCCACGAACCACCCCCGCCCACAUCCACAUCCGCACCCGCCCCCGGUUCUCCCCUUAUCCUCCGCCGCUUCCGCGUCCAAGCCGCCGCGCCCAGCUCAGGACGCGCAGGCGUCGCCUUCCACGCCCUUUUCUAAAUUAUCACUACUUUCGCCUGUUGUCCCCGCUCCCUCGAGCACCCCCUCUCCUUCCUCCCGCUCCCAUCCUCUUCCCCAGCUACAAACGGAGUCUGCGUCUCCAUCGCCAUCAGCUGCUCCUCUUCCAAAGCCCGCGCAACCGCGCAAACGCAAGCCGACAGCCUCGGCACCCGCUGAGAGCAAGGAGGUGAAGAAGCCGAAGGCGCGGUCCCGCAAGGACAAAGACAAGGAAAAGGCUAAGGCGCGUGACAAGGCAAACGACAGCGACACCAGCGCUGCUCCGCGGACGCCCUCGACGCCCGUGCGCGAGCUUGAAGAGCCGGCGGCGCUCCAACCGUCCCUCGUCCGCAAGCAAGGUGCGGCGAAGCGACGGAAGAGCGCGGCCGCUGCAUCGCAGUCCCCGCGCGUCAUUGUGAAGGAGCUCACGCCGUCGGUGAAGGGGACGCCAUCCUCGAGUGGCUUUCCGUCCCCUGCGACAGCCGCUACUGCGCUGCCGCCACCGAUGCCAGUGGCGGAGGUCGCUUCUGCUGAGCCAGACUUCGCGCGGAGCGAGCCUCCAGCCGGCGAGUCCGCGCCGCCUCCAUCCGCUGCGCCCGCCCCGUCGUCCGAGGUUGUCAAGUUGGAAUCUGCGCAAGAGGACGUGCAGAUGUGCGACGCAUCCGCGCCUGUACCUGCGCCCACUCCGUUGCCGAUAGUGGUCGUGGAGGAUGCACAGAUGGCGGACGAGCAGCGGCCGCGCAGCCCCACUCCGUCCCCACAGGUCCCUGUGGUUUCCAAGCCCGGGCCCGAGCAUCCUGCUCCCUCACCGCACGCAACUGCGUCGCCCGCCAUAGCGUCCCCCGCCCUUCCAUCUCCUGCCCCUUUUCCUGCGCCCGAGCUGCCCGUGUCUCCUCAACGACCUCCAUCUCCGAGUCCGGCGGCCACGGCCACGGCCGCAGAAGAAACGCCUGAGCCGCCUCUCACCGAGAGCGUGCCCGGCCCGGUUUCUGAAGCUGGCGCACCGGAGCCUCAGCGAGCGAAGUCGCCGUCGCCACCGCCUCCGCCACCGAAGGUGAAGCUCUCUCUGCGGGACUUCGCGAUGCGCAAGAAGAAGCAGCGCGAGGAGCAGCAGGAGAAGGACAAGCUCGCGACGCCGUCCCCGCUCGUUGCCGCACCCGCACUUCCUGCGGACGCCACCAUGCACGACGCUCACGGACCAGAGAGCGCGCAGGACGAGGCGCGAGAGGCGGAGGAGGGCCGGGAGGACGUGCAGGGCCUCGCGCUGGACGUGCAUGGUGACGGGGAUGUUCACAUGGUGGACGAGAAGCAGGAGGAGCAGCCGCUUGAGCGUGAGGAGCCGCAUAUCAUGGUCGUUGAAGCGCAUGUGGUGGCGUCUCCCAGCGCUGAGACGUCGUGCUCGCCGGCCCGUCUACCGAUGGCGGUCCUUAUUCAGCCAGAGGUGUCCCCGUCUGCAUCCGCGGUUGAGUGUGUGGUUCCCGACACACCCUCCUUGCCGGCCGGCCUUGUGGCGGAGAGCCCGAAGCCUGACAGGCUCGAGGCUAUCAGUUGCCCGCGCCAUCCGUCGCCGCGUGCCGAGCCCGUUAUCGAGCCCGCAGUACGGGAUGACUUCUCGCAGGAGCAGGACCGGGACACCUUCAUGGAAGACUCUUUCCGGACCAAAGUCGAGCUGCUCGACGAGCACGUCUCCAACGGGCUCGAUCGCUCCAUCCGCGAGCGCCGACCGUCGUCCUCCUACACUCCCUCUCCCCGCGAAGCGUCCCCCGCCUCUCCGUACCGCGACCGAUUCUCCGAGCCUGCGACUCGACGAACGUCUGUCUCCAGCUACCGCCACGACAGCCGCACGCCUCCCCCGCUAACCUCCCCUAAACUCAGACCCAUUGCGCUCCAGCCUUCGCAAGAGGAUGGCGAGAUCUUCAGCCCGCCUCCGCCGAAAGCGCCCCCUCUCGCGCCCCGCUCACACACGCCGCCCACGCAGCCGCGCUCGUUCUACGCGGGCGGCGGCUCCCCACCGUCGUCGCGCCGCUCGUCCCCUCCGCCUCCGCGGCGCCCGCUGCACCCCGCGUCGUACCGCAACACGGGGUCCGCCCGUCCGCUGCCGAGCGCCCCGCGCGCGCUGCGGGCUCCCGGCGGAUACCUGUACGCGGGGAGUGGGGGCGGGCAGAACGCGCCAUACUACGCACCGCGCGGGCCUUCUGCAGACCGGGACCGUGAACGCGAGCGAGACCGAGACCGGGAGCGCGACAGGGAUAGAGAACGUGACAGGGACCGGGACAGGGACCGGGACCGGCCGCCACGAGACUGGGGCCGCGAGCGCGGGGAUGGCGAGCGCGACCGGUCAUGGAUCCCUGGGCCGUCGCGCGGCCGCGGGCGAGGCUGGGGCCGCUGAGUGGGAGGAAGAGAAGUGUGUCGGUGUGCUGUAUCGAUUAAUGCUGGCCCUGCGCGCCGCCGCCGCUCGUUGUCUGGGAUCCGCUGCUCAGUCGGUGCCUGUCUUUGUUCUUGUUCUUCUCGUUCUUGUCGCUUCGUGCUCGUUGUGCUGUUCCCCUCGUUCGAUUAUGAUUAUAGUAAGUAUCCGUAGCUGACGGUGUCGCGCCGUCCUUGUAGUUCUCCCCUUUGAGUCGUAC